GCUGCAGUGCGUCUGCUUUGCUACAUCUGUAUGUCCCGCAUGCCCGGGCGGGGACAUGCAAUCUCGGAGGAAACCAUGGGAGAAGUUUGUAAAGCCGAGUACACGGGGACAUGGCGUUUUCUGAUUUGGAAAAUUUGCAAUGUCUCCAUGUCUGUAUUCUUCGCUCUUGCCACAUAUGUUCAGAUCAAUGAUCCGGACGCUGGUUUGUGGAUGGUGGGGUAUGGAGUUCCUGCAGCUCUCUGUGCAUUGAUUGGCUUCAAACCCCAUUUGACAGAGACUUUGCCCUGGAGGCGUGUUGCAGAUCUCCACGUGAUGAUAUCUAGUGCUGUGAUUGCCACGUUAGGAUGGAAUCUUUAUAAAGGGAGGAUCACACACAUCUUCCAUCAGGAAGAGGGCAGAGAAAUUUCUGGUCUGUCAUUGACGGUUGUUUGGCUUCUCCUGUGCCGCCACUCUGGAAGGGCUCCGGUCGGGAUGCUCCGAGUCUCCACUGCCGUUGCCAUCACAGUCUUCCCCUUCGUGGCCUGGACUUACUACUACGUCAAUAAAGAGCUGAGAUCCAACUGGCCGUCACAUUGUAAAACUGCUAUUUAAACAUCAACUUCCUGCCAAUGUCUUCAUUGAUUAAGGUUCAUUUCCUGAUGUUGUUUUGACUGAAAAUGUGCAAUCAUGCUGCCAACAUAGUAAAGUAAGUUUCUAGUUUCAUUAAUGACAAACAAAUUUACUUUUUCAUCUAAUGUUUACCUUCAAGCUGUAUUGCAUCAAUAUUACAAACUCUGUGUUACAGAUCAAGUUAAUGUUUAAUUUUGGUCUCAUAAAGAUUAGACUAAAUGGAUGUGAUUGAUUUUCACAUUUACUCCGAUAUGUCUCUUUCAAAUGAAGUGCACUGUGUAAAUAAUGGACAAUGAAAUAAUAAAAAAGUUAAUCAAGUUGACCUUGAACAUAAA